GAACGCCUCUGGAGAGGUAGUCCGCACGCCCCAAAUUUGAUCGAAUCAUUUUAAUUCACUGUUUGAAUCUUUUUGCAGAAACACCUUAUUGGAGCAGUCGCGGCCAGUUGAUAAGCCCGCGGUGAUAUCACCAAGAGAAUUACUUAAAGCUCAUCAACCUAAGUCGAAGGAGCAAGUUAGCCUGCAAGAAGCAAGAGGGAAGGACGCACACCAUCGAUGUCUAACGAUAUCAUGUCACCACACAUCAGGGUAGUGGCCCUUUUAGGCGGAACCUUGAGCACAUUUCAAGCAAUAUGUUGGGGAAUAAUGGCCCUUCUCGGAAUCAUCGGCCACGGCGUUUGUGACAUGUGGGACAAAUCUAGCACGUUCUUAGUUUCAAUGCAGGAAAUGUAUUUCAGAAGCGAAAUCGAAAGUUGCCAAAAUUUUACGAAUCCCAAUAAUCUAACGUGGCAUGGGAGCAUCAUGGCUCCGCAAUCAGUUCUCGCUUGGAUGAUCGUUUUCCUCAUCUUCAACUGCCUUUGGUUCUUCGCUUCAAUUCCGCUGAUCGCUGCUUGGAAGAACUCGAGACAGUCCUUCACUGGAAUUACAACUUCAAUCUGGUGUGUGGUGACAGUGAUGGUCCUUAUUGUCGAUUUGGUUGCAUGUGCCAUGUUUGGCUCAGACUAUGGGAAAAUAAUCACGACGUCAAAUCUUGCAAGCUUUCGAUAUUUGGCGCCACCUGCUGUCAUUAUGACGCUGGCGGCUCGAGGAUUUGUCCUUUGGUUCUUCAACCUGGGUGUGCUGGUGUACCUACUUUGUUCUCUUCCCGACAUUCGCAAGUACAAAAAGGCGCUAAAGGAUCAAAAGAGGCAGAUGUCUAUGGCCGAAAUGUACGGUCCACCCGCCCCUGGGCACGAGUCCUAUCAUAACAGCGGGUUUAUCGCAGACUACCAAAGGUCGAGCAUUUCCCCGCCCCGCGGCUUCAAUUCUUACCCAAGCGCGGGUCGCCUUCCUCGUCCUGACUACUCGCCCCCGCAAGAAAAGACUAACAGGUACUCGUCUGGAGUCAUGCCUCGGUCACUCUCCCCGGCCAAACAGCCCCGCAGAGGAAACUACAAAUCAGGUUUCUGAUCUUGCGGUGCUGCCUCACUGAGCUAUGAAAAGUAAUUACGCCGCUGCUUCUAACGACGCUUUUCAAUUUUUUAAUCACACCGCCACUUACAUCCACACGCGCACACUACUUUCUAUCGGGGAAAAACGCGGAGCGCCGCCAGCAGGUCCUUUGUCGAAAGUAGCCAUAUAUUUAUAAUUGAUUUAACAAAGUGACCGGUUGAGCGGAAUGAUGACCAACAGCAGAGCCACUUCCUGCAUCUUCAUUUUACAACUGCGCGAAAAAUUGCAACAGGUGCAUUGAAUGCUUCUUCUCAUGUUUCGUUCCAAGAGCAUCUCAUAACGGACUGCUUUCAUUUGAAACUAUUUUUCUGUGACACGAUUGUGCCAAUUAAAUGCUAGGUUAAGAUGAUGUGAGUGUGAGUGGCGCAUCACCGUUUUGACAUGAACUUUCUCGACAAGAUUUUCUAAGAAAAGGAAAUUAUCUGCGACAUUAAUUGAAGACUCCCUUCAAAUUACACUUGAACAGAAAACUUUGAUUGCGAAAACGAUUGGAAACUUCUUUUAAUGAAGGUUUCUCGGUAUAUUUGAACUGCGAGUUCUUUUGAGACAGCACGUUCAAUCAGUGUAACGGAAACUUGUGUGGGUGUGUUCUCGUGGCAUUAUGAGUGAUACUUUUUUACUGUCCUAACGUGGCAUUAUAAGAUUAGUUCUAAAAACAAACUAAUUUAGGCUAUUAAAAAUUAAAUUUAAAUCAAAUUUAUUUAAAAUAUUUUAUUAGAUCCACUUUGUUUAAAACGAGAAUGUGUGAAAAAUAUGCAAAACAAUAUAAUCAUUAUUGAAGA